GCAAGAAGAGCGAGGUGUGCGGUGUUCAGUCUAACAACGGUUUGAUUGAUUUGGAUGAUCUAACCGCGAGUAACACCCAACUAAUCUCGUUGUGCGACGACGACGAUCUUGUGCUCACAAACAAUACGCGUAACGAGCGCGAGAACGACGACAAGAGCCUGCAGGAGUUAAUAGAGAGCGAGCUGGCGCUGAGGAUCUGCUCGAGCAGCAACGACGACGAGGCCGUCGAAGAGACCGAGAACGUCGUCGCCCAACCGGAGACGAUCAAGAGGAUCGUCCUGGACCGCCGGCAGGAUCCCGUCGACAUUAACGCAGAGUUCAUAGCGGCCGAGAGCGAGCACCACUCUGUGACCGAGGAGCCGUACGGUCACCGGAACGGUCACGUGUCCCCGCACGUCAACGUCGAGGCCGCGAAACCGGAACCGGUGCGCUUCCACGACGAGGAAGAGGAUCGGGCGUUCGUCGAGCAACCGAAAGCCGACGUCGCGCCGGUAAUUAUUCAGAAAACGAACGAAGGCGAUCAGGAGUCGAGCCGCGACGUAGCUGUCCAUGCCAACAACGAUAGCGAAGAGCGUCGGGCGAUCGUCGAGGAAGCCGUGUCGCCCACGGAUGAUCCGGACUCUGGCAAUGUCACGAGCGACCUCGUCGACGGAUCGUGCUCCCGGUCUUUCCCGAUUCCCGCGAGUCGUCCCGCAGAUAAAUACCAACGGGAAGAGGAGCUCGUGCGGAUGUCGGACGACACGGAUCCGCUUCGCAACGACGUCGAAGAGGAAAGGAAGAGCGCGGACGUCGAUACUCCGGACACGUGGACCGAGCAGGCGCCACUUUCGGACGGCCAGCAGGCCGGUCAGUUCUCCGACAACUUCGACGAGACUUCGCUCUGUCCGCAGGAUCGAAGCCUCGAGGAAUGGAAAUCCCCGUCGACGAAUGAAGAGUCUUCCACAAACGAACAUAUCGAUACGCUUAACGAUUCCUAUGGGGACAAUCGCGUUGAGGAGAUCCCGGCGUCGCUGAACCGCCGGGACAAAUCGCCCUCCGAAACCCUCGAAGACGCCGACUCGAAGCUGGAGGAUUCUCGUCUCUCCGACGACGGCGUCGUCAGCCAGUCCGAUCUGUCCAGCACGCAGGAAUUUCUCGACACGGAACGCCGCGUGCUGGGCGAGGAAGCCGAGCAGGAGACACCGCGGAUCGUGGUGUCGUCGGAGAUCGGCGACUCGCGGGCGACGCCGGGGUCGAUCCCCGAGAACGAGUCGCCGGAGUGUCUCGUCGCGGAGGACGCGCAGAAUCCGGUGGACGAGUCCUCGAGCGAGUUCUCGGCGUCGGACUCGACUUUCAUCGAGAAGACCGAGGUCGUGGUGUCGGACACGAGCGUGACGAUCUUCUCGGAGACGAGGCGGCUCGUCGCCGAGCAGAUCGGGAAUCUCGACUCGUGGACCACGGUCGAGGAGGCCACGAAGCCGGCGGAAUGCGGCGGUGACGUUAACGACGCGAUGACGGGCGAUAAUGAGGGAAAGCAAGACGAUUGCCUCGCACCCUCGUCCCCCCGCGCGCCCCUGGCCACGCCGGACGAGACGGAGACGAGCGAUGUUUCUAACGCCUGCGACAGCGAGAGCCGCGAGGAAACAGUGACCACGAGCUCCAACGUGGUGACCUCCUCGAAGGGCGGGACCAAGACGAAGAAGAAGAAGAUCGAGGGCGUCGCUGGAAACGAUGCCACCUCGCCGAACCUUACGCCGCGCACAAAGAAAACCAAGAAGAGCAAGAAGAGCGAUCUCGAGAAGGAGAACAUCUCCGUGAACUGUAGCUUACGAGACGCAAGCAUGCAUACGGGCGCUCGGCGAUCGCACUCGGAGAUGAUCGAUUUUUCCGACGAGGACGAUUUAUCGAACGUCAAUGUUAAGUCACUGACACAGAACUAUGUCUCGGAGACGAGUCGUAGCGAUCAGGAGAAGCUGUGCAGGGAGCGGAUUGCCACUGGUGUGUCCAUCAAGCAAUUAUGUCGCAGCUUUGGCGACAUCUCGAACAUGAGCGACGGCGAUCAGGCGACCUUUGGGAAAGCGAGCCACGCGAUGGAAACCGAGGAGAAGGCGAGGUCGAUGGGUGAUCUGAGAGUAUGUGAGCAGGGUUACUCGCGGUUCAGCAGAGACGCGCCCGUCUUCGCCAGGGUGUCGGUCAAGGCCCUCAGGGCUUCCUACUGUAGUUUGGCAAGCUUAACGGACGAGGGUAAGGACAAGGACCGGGCAUGCGAGAGGCCGAAGCUCGAGAAGUCCAGCUUUAACAAAUUCGACGCUCUUACCAAGAAGACAGUUCUGCACGUACGUUCGGUCGAUGCGGGGAAAGUCCAACAGCAGCUGAAUGCCGUGGGCCAGAAUGCCGAUGCGAAUACGAAUUGUCGCAGCUGCGGCAAGGUCGUGUUCCAAAUGGAGCAGACAAAGGCCGAGGGUCUGGUCUGGCACAAGAAUUGCUUCCGGUGCGUGCAGUGCAGCAAGCAGCUCAAUGUGGACAAUUAUGAGAGCCACGAGAGCACGCUCUACUGUAAGCCACACUUCAAGGAGCUCUUCCAACCGAAACCGGUCGAGGAGUCCGACCAGCCCGUGCGACCUCGAAAGCCGGAGCUGAUCAUACGGGAGAACGAGCCGAAAGAGUUGCCGCCCGAUGUGGUCAGAGCUUCCGACAAACCCGAUCUGGGACUCGAGGAACUCUCGAGCCUGAACGUCAAGUCGCGCUUCCAGGUCUUCGAGAAAGCCAACACGGAGAACGCCAAUGAGAUCGAACGAUCGCCGUCGCAGAUCGCCGUCAAGAGAUCGCCGAGUAUUCUCAGCAAAUUGGCCAAAUUUCAGGCGAAAGGCAUGGACAUUGGUGUGGCGGACGAGUCUCUCAAUGGCAUACCCUACGAGGAGUCCAGCGAAAGUGAGGAAGUGGAGGAGGAAACUGAAGAAGUGGAAACUGAAAUUGUCAAGUCGAAACGCACCGCGCGCGAACGACCGAUCAGUUUUUCGAAGAUGGACGACAUCAAGAAUCGUUGGGAGACCACCAGCCAACAGGGAAGGCGCGAGGUUCAGCGCGAGGCUAGGAAAGAAGAAAUCGCAGGAAUCCGCUCGCGAUUGUUCUUGGGUAAACAGGGUAAGAUGAAAGAAAUGUAUCAACAGGCGGUAGCCGGAAGCGACCGCGUUACGAAGAUAAACGCGGCGGAAGAGAUCCAGCACUCGACUACCCACGCUCGCUCCCUCAAAGAGAGAUUCGAACGGGGCGAGCCAAUCGCGGCCUCGGACGACGAAAACGACAGUAAACCGAAACCGGAGAAAGCCGACGAGGAGGUGAUCGCAGCAGGUAUCAGCAGGAAGUCGCGGUCGCUCUUUUUGGAACUAGACGCCUCUGCAGCGAAAACAGGACGUCCCGUGACGCCAGUACAUCCGAAAACGCCAACCGAAACCCCACGACGUGCACGAGACGCGUUCAUGGGCCGUCAAGUCUCAAACGACGUGGUGCGCAGCUCAGACGCGACCGAGGAGGUCCACGUAGAAACAUCGGAAAUUUCGAACAAGUUCAAAUUCUUUGAGACCUAUAAGGAACCGGAGAAACAGCGGAAGCAGUUUCGCAUUACGCCGCCUCGCGAGGGUCAAGUCAAGAUGGAUGUACCGGAUCGCGAGAUUUACCGCGAUCCAGACGUGGUCAGAGCCGACGACAGAGUGGACGAGGUGGUGCACACGGACACGGCGAGGAAGAUGCUGUCCAUCUUCCGGCAGAUGGAGGAGAACGCGAGCAAGGAGGACCUGCCGGAGGGCCCGAAGCCUUUGAAAUGCUUCACGCCGCCCCCCGAGGAUAAAUUCGCCAAAGCCACGGCCUCGGAUUCGGAGGGUGAAGCCGAAGAGGGCGAGGAGUCCGACGGUGACGAAAGCGCCGAGGAGAGAGAUCCCAACUACGUCCGUGCUUCUGAUAAGGUGGAGGACGAGUUCUUGAAACAGGCGCAGAAGGCGGCGCGCGCCAAGACCCUACGUGCUAAGUUCGAGCACUGGGAGGAGACCGACGGCAAGGUCAGCAAUCACCAUAUCGCCGAAAUGGAGAUGGCCCAGGGUACGGGCGAACAGUCCAGCAUAGAGUCGGCGAGCAGUCUGAGGGCCCGUUUCGAGUCCCUCGGCUCGCAGGCCAACGAAUCCCCGCGCGCACCGAAAGUCAAAGUCAAUCGAUUUGUGUAAAGGAAAGAGAGAGAAAGAGAGAGGCGGAGGAAAUACACCUGGAUUAAUUCGAAUACGAGGAGGGUGAGAGGAGGAGAAGAAGAGGGAUCGAUGGAGGAAGGAGAGCGCCGUUGGGACAACCGCGGUGGAAACGCAGUUUUUUUUUUAAUUUCGUCCAUUAAGCAACGGCAAUAAAAUAUUCGGUUAUCGUCGAUUAUUGUAACGACUUUGCGUUUUCUUAGAGAUGGUUUUAACACACUCGGCGUUAUGUUCGUAUAGUAAAAUCUUAGCCCGUAGACUGUAUCAUAUGUUAUGUGUUAAUAUAUUAUUGUACUGUGAGAGUUCGCGCGAUUGUCGGAUCCGUCGAGCGUUUCGUCCAAUUGCCAAUUAGAAAGGAAGAUACAGGCUAAAAAAAAAAGAGAUCAGUUCCAGAUAGAUGGCGAUAAACCGGCUACGAUAUGCUGAGUCACGAAAAAACCUGCGGGGAAUUUAAUACGCGUUGAUUUGCAAAAUUACGGUACUACCAAAAAUUUUUGAUCUAUCUGUCAUUAUUUUUGUAUAAAACUCUAUUAAGGAAUAUAUUAAAUUAUACAGCUGUGCAAUUUCGUUGCAUAAGUAAUAGGAGCCUUGCUUUAUCGCGGCGAUAUUUGUUACGCUGAAACGCUCGACUUAUCCUUUUAUAUAUAACAGAGAGAAUUUUAUUGUCUACUAAUUUACUUUAUAGAUAAAAGGCGAGCGUCCAUCUUUGUGUCGUACGUAUGUCGGUUUACGUGGCUUUAUCGUUGUCAUGAUACUUUCUUUAGAGGAAAUAUAAAGUUCUUCUACCAACAUACGUGCGACGACUCUACGAUCCCCUGUAAAGUGCGAGAUGGAUUCGCUUUUGAGUGAAAUUCGUAACGAUGCGCGCACUAUUUUUUAUAAUUUUAUCCUAUUCCUGUAAUACGCCGUAAUUUGUUAAUUGAUUGAAAAUUCUAAUAUCACUAAAUAAACGUGGUCCUCAUUUAUCGUUAUAUAAGCAUUUCGAUAUUUCUUUGUUAAAACAAAACUAUGCAGUGUGCCAAAUUUUAUCAAACUCUUGAGCGAUUUUUCAAACCGUAAUUUCGGUUCGAACGAAUUUGUAUCUUCAUGACUGAUGCAAUCACUACGUAUAAUGUGCCUUUGAUUUUUUUUAUAUAAAUGAUUCGCUUUUUAAAAUAUGACGUAAAUUAUUGAAAAUUAAAUUAAGAAUUAUUACGAGAUUAUCUAAUACAAGAUAUUAGAGAAAAAUUAUAUAUGAAAUAUGCUAAGCAAAUAUGUGGAAACAACAGAAAAUAAAACUCUCACAGAUCGUAACGACAAAUAUUUUGUCUUGUCGGUGUUACGCGCAUGUAAAGCCACGAGUAACGAAUCUGAAAACUGUCAUUUCGCAUCGUUACGAUCUUCCUCUGCCGCUUUAGAUUUCUAAUUUUCAUAAGUGCCAAGUUUUUCGUUGAUACAUGAAUGAGGAGAGAGACAGAACGAAAGUAAGAGCGCGAAAGGGAAAGAAAGUGCGUGAGUGAUGAACGAGAGGCGAAAGAUAACGCUUCCUCAAGUUUAACGUGUGAGAUAAGGGCCUGAAGGAAUUGUAGGGCACUGUCGAGGUGUUCCAGGGCCGAAGCCCUAGCGGUUAGGACUGUAGCUAUUUCGAUCGCUUUUACAAAUUUCGAAUCUUUUUACAGCUUAACGCGAUGGUACGGUAGAUUUUUAUACUCUUGUGAAAAAGAAAAACGGAAACGAAACAGUUUCGUUCUCGUGUCGCCGCGUUCGAGCCUGCGCCUGCAUUUGUAAUUCGUACGAUUAAAGUACUUCGCGAACGCGCGUUAUGUAUUUGCUUCUGGCACCUGUGCAAUAUGAAAAAAACUGUGACUACGUAUUUGUUGUUUCACAAAAAAAAAUGCAAAUAUAUUAAUCUUAAUUGUAUUAUAUUUUAGAUAUGUUACGUUGUUUCGCGCGAGUAAAGUGUUCUCUCAUCUUUAUUAUUUUUUGUCAUGUCUUUUCUUUUUACUCUCCACAAGAUCGUGCAACGUGUCACCGCUUCGCCGGAAAUUCGAUAGAAAUGAUAUUUUCACCGGCACUGCUAAGCGCGAGAACGUCGUCGACAUAGAGGCACGAUGCCACUACAUUUUGUACUUCCAGAGGAGAAGCAUGGGGAUGCGAGUGACUGCGGUCGUAGAAUAUCAGGGUAACAACGCUGUCGCGUUCCUCGAGUUCGAAGGGCCCAUUUUUAGGAGGGGGCAUUGUGCGAAUUUUUUUAAACGUGUAUCUAAGUGCUGUAGAAAGAGAGGAAGGAAAGAUCGAAAAUGUAUAUUCUCGACAGCGAGCAUUUCUCCGUCUUCCUUUUUUCAUUUGUGCAAUAAUAGCUUCCGUUGCGAAUACGGGACUCACGAAUUACGAGUUUAUUUAAGAGAUUUAAGAGAUUAGUGUGAUUUACAGCGGGAAGCGCUAAGCUGAUUCUAUAAUAAUUUACGAAAGAUCCGCUCCGUUGACCGAGAUAUCGACGGAGACGAUCUCUCGCGUGACAGAUAGCAAGUCCUUGUUAACGGCCUCUCGAAUUCUUCUGAUUUGUAUAGCAUAGAUAGCGAUAAUAUUAGUUUACUGCGUCUUUUAGCGCAUCGUUUCUAUUGAUGUAUAACGAUCUUGUUCUGUUUAUCUUUCACGUGUACCAUUUAUUACGAUAAUACACAAGUGAUAAAUAAAACAGGUGCUAAGUCUGUCUCGUA